UUUUGGUAACAGUUUGGUUAAAAAAAGCCUCAGAAACAUAAAACAUCCCUCUUCUCUUUUAAUUACAGAGGAACAAGAAGACGGAACCUUUGAGAUCAUCAUCACUCUUCGGUUUCUUCUCCAAAUCCUUCAUAUGAUGUCGGACGGAGGAGCACCGUCGAGGUACGUUAAGUUAACAAAGGAGCAAGCUCCCGUCGAUGAGAUUAAUCCCGGCGAACUCAAUCAACCCAUUGAGGUUUCUCAUCUAGCUGUUCACAAAUGUAACGAGUGUGGCCAACCUUUACCUGAGAAUUUUGAAGCUCCUGCUGAUGAGCCUUGGACUACCGGAAUCUUCGGCUGUACUGAGGACAUGACUAGUUUUUGGCAGGGACUUAUCUGCCCAAGUGUUCUAUUUGGACGUGUCUAUGAGACUCUGAGUGACGAGGAAACCUCGUGUACCAAAGCAUGUAUUUGCCAUUCCAUUGUAGUUGAAGGAGGUCUUACUGCUGCGUCCAUUGUUGCUUGUGUUCCCGGUAUAGAUCCCCAUACCUCUUUUCUUAUAUGUGAAGGCUUGUUGUUUAUUUGGUGGAUGUGUGGUAUCUACACUGGAAACGUCCGUCAAAAUCUUCAGAGGAAAUAUCAUCUCAAGAACUCUCCAUGUGAUCCAUGUAUGGUGCAUUGUUGCCUUCACUUUUGUGCGAUUUGUCAAGAGCACCGUGAGAUGAAGAACCGUCUUUCGGAUAACUUUGUGAUGCCCAUGACUGUUAUUAACCCGCCACCGGUUCAAGAGAUGAGUGCCUCUGUCCCGGUCUCACACCAUAGCUCUGAUCUUGAGAUGAGGCCAUUGUAGUUGUUUCAACCAGAUUCAAGGUUUUGUUUUGUGUCAACCUCAUCAUCUCUAAAUCUUCUUUUUAUGUAAAACUGAUUUGGUUUGUUUCAAACUCACAUAGAUGGAUUCUGUUUUUUUUUUUCAUAAUGUAUUAUAAUCAAUGAUUUAUCCUUAUCUUAAAAUUAAGAUUUUUUC